AUGGAAAUGAGAGGUCUUAAGAUUGAAAAGGCCGGAACGGGCGUCACGUGUAAGUGCAGUCUAUGCAAGAAGGUAGAGUUCUUAAAGAGCUCCCAAAACCGAGUGAAGACCACCGCCUUAUGCGUACUCAUAUUGAAGUCAUUGAAGGAGCUUAAGCCCGAGAAGGAGUUCUACUCCAUGAAACAAGACAUCUAUGACUUUGUCUCAGAACAUUGGAACUGCGUGUCGUCGUUCUCUAUCUUCAAGAGACAGAACUAUAAGAAACUCUUGUUAGAUACUUUUAAUCACUGUUCUUGUAUUGAGACUGGGAGAAAUUAUGGAUUAAGGGCUAGCUUUAGACUCAAAGAGAAAAAAAUCAAUGAAAGUGUUGCUGGGGCGUCGUCGGAGUGCGAGAAGAAUAGUUUGGUGGAGGUUAUGAAGGAAGUUAAAACAGAGGUUGUUCAAUGUCAAACGCCUACUGUAGACUUGGGUAACUUUGUCCAAGAAUAUUCAAAAGCACUUUUGGAUGUCCAGGGAAUCCUUUAUAAUGACGUGGCUUUGUUGAAAAAGUAUAACAUUGCUUUGGCUGGGAAGGCAAACGCGAAUUGGACUGGGCAAUAUACUGUUAUGUCUCAACAGGCAGCGCUUUUUGGUGGUUUUGCGAGGGACGUCUUUUCGUCGCUCAAUUAA